CACAUGCUGAGGCAGCUCUACAGUAACUACAGUAACUCCUGUAGUGUGACUAUGAACAAAACCUACAAACUUUAAACAAGAGGAGUAUUGUUGCUAGAACAGCCACUGAACAGAACUGAAACACAGGCUGCAAUUGUGAGGUAAGGAAGUCAGAAAAAAUGAACAACACUACCAUCUCCGUGACUGAUUUUCUCCUGCACUGUGAAGUCAAUGCUGACCAGACAAGCAUGAUCACCAUUUUCCUUACUUUAGUUUAUAUCUUAUCAGUCUGUGGAAAUUUGCUGGUAAUAUUUGUCAUUGUAAGUAACCCUAAACUCCAUGCUCCAAUGUAUAUGUAUAUUGGCACGUUGGCAGUAAUAGACAUGUGUAACAGUACAAUACUCAUUCCAAAAAUGUUGUCACUCCUUAUAUCUAAUGCUACAGAUGUCCCAUAUGGAGCUUGUUUAUUGCAAAUGUAUGUUAUACUCAAUAUGGAAGAGAUGGAAUCUCUUCUGUUGGCCUUUAUGGCAAUUGACCGCUAUGCUGCCGUUGUUCAUCCACUACGAUACAACACAAUUUUUACAAAUAAGACAAUCUGGAUUAUUAUUUUGUUGUUAAAUAUUUUUGCUAUAUUUUUCAACUCUCCAUUUUUAUUUUUUGCCAAUGAGCUUUCUUUUUGCCGUUCCAAUAUCUUGCCUUAUUGUUUUUGCGAUUAUGCCACAAUGGUUCAUGUUGCCUGCACCGAAAAUCCCAAAUACCUUUUUCUUUUAUCCAUUGUAGUAAUUAUCACUGGUGUCUUCCCUUUGCUAUUGAUUCUCUUCUCCUAUGGAAGAAUCGCCUUGGCAGCAUUAAAGAUCACCUCCGCAGAUGGCAGGAAGAAAGUCAUCAGCACUUGCCUCACUCACCUUCUGGUUGUAGGGCUCUUCUAUAUCCCACUUUUGUCUUCAUACAUUUUGCCAGGAGCAGGGGUGCCAAUGUCAACUGAAGUCUACAAUGCAAUGGUUAUAGUUGGCAACGUCUUUCCUCCAAUGAUGAACCCCAUCAUUUACAGUUUUAGAAACAAAGAAAUAAACACUAGCAUAAUCAACCUUUUUGGAAAGAAAAGAACAAUUCCUGAAAUUAAUAAUCAUUAACUGGCAAAUCGUUACUGGUAAAGUGGCACAAAAGAAUUUAUAAUAAAAAAAUCAAGAAGACU